AUGGUUGACAUAAGUGAGGAGCCUAUGGGAACACAAAAUGAAAGUAAAGAAGCUUUAAAGGAAACAAUUGACUCAAUAAAACAGCAGUUAGAAAAGAAUCCUUUCGAUUACAAUGCGCACGUUCAGCUAAUUGAAUUCUUACGGAAAACGGAAGAUUAUGAGCAAGCCAAAGCAGCAAGGGAACGUAUGCAUGACAUAUACCCACUCUCCGCAG